AGAGGACCGGGCACCUGGAGACUGGGAUCCGCAGCUUCUCCACUCGCCUAGAGCUUCUCAGCACUGAGAAGGAGCGCCAGUCAUGAAGAGGUUUCUCCUGGCCACCUGUAUGGUGGCUGUGCUGCUGCAGGAGGCCGGUGCAAUCCCAGCACGCCAGGUCCCUGUCAAGACCAAAGGCAAACAUGUGAUUCUUGAACAGGAAACAGAGAAUGUGUUGGGUACCAAAGCCAUGGAGGCCCUGGAGAAGGACAACCAGUUGGGGGCACUACUGCUUGUGCCCAAGCAGAAGCUUGCAUCCGCUGAGGAAAAGCUUGCAGAUGCCAUGACCUUGGUGAAGACUGAAGAAAAAGACCUCCUGAGCCGUUUUCGGAACCCUCUUCAAGGCCCAGAACCGGAUCUUGACAGCCUCCUCCAUCCGAAGUAUGAGGAGGUCCAGGAUGAAGCGGUGCCCCGGAUGUUGCUCAAGAUACAUCGUCAGGUGCUCCAGGGGCCAGAGGAGGACCUUGACCACAUCUCCCACUCUCUGGAGGACUCCAGCAAACCCUAACCACUCUCCCACUCCUGUCAUGAGGCCCAGGCUGUUAUGACCACUGACUCCCCGCAGCUAGCAAAAAUAAACA